AUGGACCACACCGGCACCUCAGACCACCUGCAGCCGCAUCCGCGAGCGCAACGCCAGCCGGUCCUGCGGAGGACCCGGUUCGUCUGUGUCUCCGACACCCAUAACACUACCGUCAAGUUGCCAAAGGGCGACGUGCUGAUCCACGCGGGGGACUUGACCAACCAGGGCAGCUAUUCCGAGUUGUCGAAGGCAGUUCAAUGGCUCGAAAAAGCAGACUUUGAGACAAAAAUCGUCGUCGCAGGGAACCAUGACAUAACCCUAGACUCAGACUUCUACACCCAACACGUAUCCCACUUCCACAACCAAACACCACAAUCCCCCCAAGACUGCGCAGCCCUCCUCACAAACUCGCCCUCAAUAACCUACCUCGCCCACGAAACAGCAACGAUCCGCCUCUCUUCCCCCUCAGGACCACAAACCUCCUUCACAAUCUUUGCCUCACCGUACUCGCCACGCAAUGGCCUCUGGGCAUUCGGCUACGACGCGCCCCAGCACGGCAGCGUCGGCGCCGCGGUAAGUAAUCUGCCCACGCUCUGGGACGAUAUCCCCCUCGAAGCGGACGUCGUGGUGACGCAUACUCCGCCACACACCCACUGCGACGAAUCACGCGCCCGGCGAGCAGCGGGAUGCGAGGCCCUGAGACGGGCCUUGUGGCGCGUCCGUCCGCGGCUCGCUGUCUGCGGACACGUUCAUGAAGGGCGGGGCGUCGAGAGGGUAAGUUGGGACGUCGGGUGCGGCGGCUCGGCGUUCAAGGAGGAAGGUGUUGAGCGCUGGAGUGAUCCGGGGGUUGGGAACAAGCAGUCUCUCGUGGAUCUGUCAACCAAGGGCGGGAACCCUCUCCGCAACGAUGGGUCGCAUCCGAAGGAGAGUCCAUCCGACGAGGAUGUGAGGAAGGUAGUCUCCGGUCCGUCGCCGGUCAUCCCCGGAACGACGUCAGAAACCGCCGCAGAGCCGGGCCUUGGCACCCGCGGCCUCGGCGGCGAUCCAACAUCACCCCGCACCGACGUCGCCGCACUCGCUGGACGUCUUGGCCGACGGGAGACGUGCGUCGUUAACUGCGCCAUUAUGGCAAAAAGCUAUCCUCACGUCGGCGGCAAAACGGUCAACAAACCUAUCGUCGUGGAUCUAGAUUUGCCCGUUUGGGAGUGGGGUCGCGAUGGGAUGCCGCGGGUCGUGUGUGCGGAUUGAGGGGAGCCUCAUGAAGGCAGGGAGGCAAGUAGGCAGAUGCCUUGUUUGGGUAGGGUGCUGAGGCUGUGAUAUCGACGUUGCAUUGGCGACGAGGCAGACGGCGGGGCAGCUUUGGUUGUUGAUGAGGCGCCUGCAUGGUGUUGCAUAUCGGUGAAGGGACGCAUUCUCGUUCGACACAGGCUUCAGCCUGCGUGAAGUGCUGCCACAGCGGGAAUUAUGCAAGGCAGCAGGCAUCUAGAACAGGUCAGGCCCUUGAAUGUCUGCCUCUCUGGCGACAGCAACAAAUCUCGGUUGCAGUCUAUU